AUGAGCGGGAUCUCGCAUGAUGUUGAAGAUUUCACUUUAUCUUCGCACGAGCAGUUCAGUAUCGAAAGCAUGCGCAGAAAAACACUGAUUCCAAAACUCAAGCUCACACUCGAAUCUCGUGUUCACAGGCUGGGUACGCUGAAAGGUCUCCCCCGUCUUUUUCUCUUCCGAAGAGCUUUCUGUUUCUACUGGGGACUCAUAAUUUUACUGUUUAUUUACCUUAAAUGGAACUAUCCCCUGUAUCUGACAAGCAACGUCAAUCGGAACACUCUACAAGACUUUGGUAGAGACUGGUGCCGAAUGCGCAACGCGAGAACAGACUGGAAACGAAUACGAGAACCCUGUGAACAAAACACGGUCUACGAAUACAGCUUGCCCGGAUGGAGCAAGGAAAAUAGAACGAAUGGGCGCUUCAGCUUUCUUGAUUUCAUGGACAUCCGCCCUGCUGGUGAAUUUAGUAGGCUUAUGAUUCGUACCCAGACCGCCUAUGGGCUUAUUAAAUCAGUUGGCGGAGACUAUUGGCGAGUGUUCAUUUCAGGCCCUACUGGAUUUGCGCCAACUGUGUUUGAUCACGGAAAUGGAUCCUAUGAGAUCUUGUUUCUGAUUCUUCGGCCUGGGAAUUAUUGCGUAUCGGCUGUUCUGGAUCAUUCUAUAUGUGAAGGCAUGAAGGACCCUCCAGACUACUGGUUUAUCUCCGGUAAGAAAACAGUGUCAUGGUAACCAACUUACAAAGAGCACCUUUAAAAGGCCAUGGUCACUCAAACUGCAUUGCGCCCUUGUCUUUAUUUUGAAAGGGUUCAGCCAGGGAUGAAUUUAUUGUCAAAACAAUUUUACCGUAAAUGAUCUAAUAGACGUCCGGAGCGUUUAUUUAAUUUUAGGUGUCGUUUAUUAGACAAGAGACAUUCAUUUGAUAGGGAGCUUCAAUUAUGUCAUUUACGGUAAACUGUAGCCAAGCAUACUCAAGUACUAAGGUACCAACUGCAACUAUAGAGAACAGAUACUCGUAAAAUGUAGAGCAACGCUGAUGUAUACUUAAAAGCCUACCCUCAAUUCUCGAGCGUACUCCAAACAUGGUCAUUUAUGUUUGCAGGAAAUACCCAUGGAAGCAACCAGCCUCAGGGCAUUCUGGGUGGAAAGCAAGUGUAUUUGAUGCAUCCCUUAGCGGGCGGAGAACCGCUGUGCUUUGAAGUGCCCGCGAGUAGAGGGCCAACGAGAAGAGAUGGUACGAACUAUUCUUCCUUGCCAGUUCUUUAAUUCCUAUUGACUUGACUCAAAAGAGAAUGACCUAAAACGUAUAAAUACUAAAAUAGGAGCCCAUGGGAAUAGUUAGAUAUUUUACAGUCCCCUAUUUUCCCUGUUAUUUUCGGGAAAGACAGAACGAAAGGGCGCCCUCUUGAUUUCAUCUGGUGAACGAUGGUGACGGGAGCUGGAGUAUGCAUAUUGCCCAAAGGGUCGGGGAUUGGAGACAUAUCUGGCCUCCCUGCCCUACCCACAAGGACAAAUUGUACUACCCUCAGCUUUCGCUUACUAUAUAAAAACCAAGUCCAACUACCCUUCGGACUCGACACUAAACUUCCACAAUCACGCGGACAAACACUAGGUUACGAAUAGUCUUGGAGACACUGAAAUGAGGGUCCUUACGGCCUGUUAACUUCUUUUGCUGGGCUUGACUGUAAUUUACACUUAUAUUUUAUUCAAUGUACCUUUUUUUCAGAAGAAUUUUUAAGUUAUGGAUAUGGACAUCCGUCCCACUGUGGUACUGACUGUAAGUUUUUAUCAGAUGGAUUUGGCUAUUGGAUGAAUGGUUCGUGGAUAGCGCAUGCUCCUGGUAAGGCCCUUUACCCUCUAUAACUGAGUUUUAUUUUUCACUCAGUAUUUUUGGAAGCAGAAGUACGUUUAAUUUGCUGUCUGUAAAUGUUGUUUUAUACUCCAAGAUUUAGGGAAAAUUCACUUUAAGUUAUACAGCGUUUCUCACCACCUGCCAAUCCUAACUAAUAUAGCAAUCUUCAAGCCUUGCACCACCGUAAGCGUUGUUUUCCCACGCAUACUGUAAUUAGUAGGGGUUCGGUGUUUCAUACUCCACCUAAAUGGACAAAUGCUUUGCUUUGUCACGUCGUUACUACACUCACAAUAUAGAACCCUGAUUUCUUUACUUUUCGAUAAUUUAAAUCUUCUCAGGAGAUUUGAAGUUUAUCCCGCUGAUUGAGAAUCAGAAACACGGCUACGUUUGAUUUAAGAAUAUAGGAAAUAUCAGCCUAGUCCCCAGGCGUUCUUGGCGCGGUCAAUCCUGGACUCUACCCUGAGCUGUGACGUCAGCGAGAGAGACUUGCUGAGAAAGCGUUCUCUCGCCCGCUCUUUCCCAGACUGCGCGCAGACAGCUGAGCAAGAGAGAACGCCUAGGGACUAGGCCGAGGAAAUGUAAGAGGAAAUAGAAGAUAUAUGACUGAGUUUGCUGCUUAAUAGUUUGCGUCGGGUGACACCUCACAAAUCCUUCAGGCCUCUCUAAAAAGGAGAUUGUUAUAUUGUUUGUCCCACUUUCAAACUGAUACAUUAUUGUUUCUUUUAGAUAACUUGUUCGCGCCUUCCCCGCGCAGAAGAGAAGGAAUACUGUGGAUUUACGGUGAUUCACUUGCUCUCAGAUUCUACGACUCCAUCUAUUACACGCCUUUAUGCACAGAAAUAUUCAAGGCCUGUAACAUUACCUACAACUGGGUCUACAACAUGAACGAACCUGUAGAAAUUGAGAAAUAUAAGAGAAACUAUCGUGACUUUGAUCCUUGGCGAGUGUUAAAUGAAAUCAGGGAUGUGAUAUAUCUUCCUCAAAUGGACGAAAAAAGUGUUAUCGUCCUAAACUGUGGAUUGCAUUACGUUUCUUCUUUAAAAUUUGCGGUUUAUCGCAAGCUGAUUGAUGACAUUAUUGCUAUGUUUAAAGAAACCUGGGUGAAUAAAUACGGUAAAGUGCAGCUCAAGUUUCGGGGAAAAUUGAUUUGGAAAACUACAACAGCCAUUCACAGGGAGAGGUUCCUGUACCAUGAUCACCCGAGUCCGCGAUUCCUAACUCUUCAGGUAACGUUUUCGUCCAUCCAUCGUUUUCAUCCAUCCAUCCAUAAAAAAACCAACGGUAAACUGCUCCUCACAGCAGAAAGAAGAAAAAACAAAAUCAAAGCCGUGAGGAACAGUUUGCCAUUGUUUCUUUCUGCGAACCAUUGUUAUUUACUGUCCACCAUAUUCAAGUAAUUAACUAUCCAAUAAUUUCAAAUGAGUUCGCAAGUUAUCUGGAAUCGAUGGUUAUGCCAUCGGAACCACUCUUGAAAGCGGGUGUUUUUAACCUCCAGGUCGACGUCCCAGAAAACCCGGAUAAAGUCUCUUUACUUAGCCUGCGAGAGCAUCCGGUUUUUUCGGCUCAAGUUUCUAGUUUCACCCGCCGAGAAAAAGGUCUUUUUUAUGUACACUAAACAUUUAACAAUAUAACUGCAUGAUGUUUGGCUAACUAACCUAUAAAAGAUCUCUCUUCUCGCUACUAGACUAGUUCUGGGCUGCUUCAUUACAGACACUCUCUCCAAAUCAGAGUGAACCAAGCAAAUACUUCAUAUGACGCCAAUUUCAACAGGGGGUUUUGCUUCUUUUUGCUUACUAUUUGCACACCGUGGACCAACCAAUUUCUCGCCCAUGAAAAUGGCAAACAAUUCACUACAAUCAAAAUAAGCUAAAAAUAACUGAGUCUAAAGAAAACAAAUCCAUCCACAGCCUUGAUUUGUUUGGCUCAACAGGUCGGGGGGGGGGGGGCAGUUGCCCCUCCUGCCUCCCCGCUAGUUACGGCUCUGGAUUUUUAAUUGAGUGAAUUAUCAUAAAGCGCUAUUCAUCAUCAUCAUUAUUAUUAUCAUCAUUGAUUGAAUGACUGACUGGCGGCUAGAUUAGGCAGUGAGUCAGUCUGUCAGUCAGCCGAAUAUCAGCCAGUCAAUCAGUCUGUGAAACAAUCAGUCAGCUCAUCAGGUAAUUAUUCAUUCAGUCACUCAGUAAUCCAAUCUUACAGAAAGUGAGUUUUCCCUUUAGUCAGUCAAUCACUUGACUAUCUACCAGACUUUUUGUCAGUCACUUAGUUUGUCCGCCCGUCAGUUAGUUGGUAAUGAAGUCAGUCGCCAAGUUAGUCCGACAGUUGGCCAGUCAGCCCGUUACUCAGACAAUAAGCAGACUGUCUGUCUGUUUGUCUGUCUAUCUGUCUGUAUAGUCCUUUCGUCAUUGUCUUAAAAGGUUUCAGUUUUAAAAUACUUCAUUUUUCCUUUUUAUUUAGCGCAUACAGUUGUACAACGCGUACGCCAUCUGGGCCAUGUGCAAAGCAGGAAUUGAGAUUCUCGAUGUUUUUCCGAUGAGUGCCUCGUAUCCCGAGGGAACAGAUGGCAGUUUAGACAAGCAUGAUGCGGUACACUUCAAGAAAACAGUGUUUAAACCGGCAGAGCAGCUUCUCUAUGAAUACUUUAAUCCUCGCAGCAGCAAAACCACAAAUUGA